AUGGGUAACGAAGAGUCAACUAUUGUGGAUGAGUCCACUCGUCCCUCAGUGUUGGAUGCACGCAAUAUCGAAGCAGUAGCGAAAUAUGUGAGGGAUCAUAAUGUCCGGAAGAUCGUUUUAAUGGUGGGUGCUGGGAUCAGUACCUCAGCGGGAAUUCCUGAUUUCAGAUCGCCAGAUACGGGACUUUAUGCCAAUCUGGCUUUUCUCGAUCUGGAGGAGCCAGAGGAUGUGUUCGACAUUGAAUUUUUCAGAGAGAAUCCCAAGCCUUUCUAUGCACUUGCCCAUGAAUUGUAUCCAGGACGCUAUCGCCCAACGGUCGCUCAUUCCUUCGUCAAGUUGCUUUACAAUAAGGGCAUGUUGUUAAAACACUUUACACAAAAUAUCGACUGCCUCGAGCGCCAAGCAGGACUUCCAAAUGAGAUGCUUGUUGAGGCUCAUGGUAGCUUCGCCACUCAGCGUUGUAUUGAUUGCAAAUUGCCUUAUCCCGAUGACAAGAUGCGUGAGAUUGUCCAGAAAGCCGAGGUACCAUACUGUCUGCACUGCAAAGGCCUCGUCAAACCUGAUAUUGUGUUUUUUGGAGAAGCCCUGCCCGCUGUAUUCCACGAGAACAGUUCGCUACCAAGGCAGGCAGACCUGUGUAUUGUCAUGGGAUCUAGUUUGCAGGUACAGCCUUUUGCCAGCUUGCCAUCCAUGUGCAGUGAAGGUACACCGCGGGUGCUUAUCAACAUGGAACGUGUGGGUGGAUUAGGAUCGCGACCGGACGAUGUUUUGGUGCUUGGGGAUAUCGAUGCCGGCGUACGGAAGUUCGCCAAGGCCCUGGGUUGGGAGGAGGAGCUAGAGGAGGUUUGGCAGGAGACUAACCCUGACUCCAAAUCUAGGGAGGAAGAAAAUGCUCCCCCGAAAACCCGGGACGAGCGACUCCGUGAAGAGAUUGACAAACUCACUGAGGAUAUCGAUCGCACCUUGGGCAGAACGGAUGCAUACCAACAGCGAGUUCGUGAACGGUUGGGCGACUUUAGUAAUUCAAGCCGCUCGAACAGCUCAUCCUCAUCCGAGAAUGGGUUGGCGCAUGUUUUCCCGCACUUGGCGCGUAAAUCUGACUAG